AUGGCGGGUUACCGCCAUUAUAUACGGCGGCUCAAACACCUAGCCGCCUCCCCCGCCUUCCUAGGCAUAUUGAUCUGCCUCUGCCUCCUCACAGCCCUCCAAUGCGCCCUCCGUUAUGGCCACAGUUGGUACGGCAACACGUUCACUGCGUCUGCCGAGCCUACUGCGUCUGUCGAGGACCCUGAAAUCGAUUGGUCCAAGCUGGUUUAUGUACAGCAUGUCACGUCGCCGGAGUAUCUGUGUAAUGCUCUCAUGGUCUGGAGCCAGAUUGAAACGAUUGGGAGUCGCGCCAAGGUUCGUGAUGCUCUCUCAGCUAUCGGGGAUGUUAUGAGUGUUGACCAUUUACUGAUAUGGGUAUCGCAGCGCCUCAUGAUGUACCCAUCCCACUGGGACCCCACCGAAAUCGAUGACUUAGACCCAGAGCGAGGCCUAACUCACACAGCCCGCCUCCUUCAAGCCGCCGAGAAAGACUACUACGUGACCCUCCACCCCGUAGAAGUCCUCAACGAAAACAAUACUUCGCAAUCAACAUGGGCCAGUUCCUAUAGCAAACUCCUCUCCUUCAACCUAACAUCAUACUCCCGAAUUUUAUCCCUGGAUGCGGCCUCGAUCGUCUUACAAAACCUCGACGAGCUAUUCCUCCUCCCCAAAGCUCCAAUCGCAAUGCCCUAUACCUACUGGGGCGGACCGUCAGGGUGGGCCUUCUCCAGCCAGUUGAUGCUUCUCGAACCCUCCUCCACCACGUUCUCCGCCAUGGAAACCGCAAUCAAGGACGCGAAAGAAGAUGAAUAUGAUGUGGAUAUAAUCAAUAAGCUCUACAAAGGAAAAGUCCUAAAGAUCCCCCAAAGACCCUAUAAUCUCCUCUCGGGGGAAUUCAGACGUGCGAACCACCGUGCCUAUCUUGGGUCACGGUCCGCGAAAUGGGACCCAGAUGAUAUUUUCGCCGAAGCGCGAUAUCUGCAUUUUUCAGACUGGCCGAUUCCGAAGCCUUGGAUGAGCGCGAGGAGGGAGUUGUUGAAUAAAUACAUGCCGAGGUGUUCGAAGAGUGAGUGGUUUGGUGCCACAGAUUGCAGAGAUAGGACAAUUUGGCUGAAGCUUUAUGCUGAUUUUGCUGCGACGAGGAGGGCGGUUUGUGGUCCUGGGUUUGAAAUGCACAGUCAGGACUUGCCGGCCGCUCCUAUAUAUAGACACGGGAGAUGGUUCCAUCCUGAUGAUGUUGAAUGA